AUGUCAAAUACGAAUCCAAACUUCCAAAAGAUCACCCAAUUAAGAAAUUAUUUGGAGAAGAAGCGAAAGGAAAAUAUGGCACUAGUCCAGCAGCUAGAGCCAUUCGAAAAAUUCAGAUUAACAGCAUUAGAAAUUAUGGAAGACAGGGAAAACCAGCCAAGAACUACAAUUGAUAUCAGACGUGAUUUAGAAGAUAAGACUUAUAUUGUUAAUGAAGCAUCAAAAAGGAAAUCAAAAACAAAAAAGCAAAAAUCCAGCAAUUCACGAAAAUCUUCGCGUAGUGCCUCUGGUUCUUCAUCUCGAAUUGAAUCUGAAGAUAGUAAAUCCAUUCCUUCUUCUGAUGCUUCAGAUAAUUAUGCAAAACCAUCUUUAAAUUCAACAGAGAGCUCAUCACGUGAAUCAACCCCCAUGCCAGAUAAAACGAUUCUAUCACCUAAAUCUAAAUUACUUAUUCAGACGUGUCCAGAAAGUAUUCGACUGAAAUAUCUUCAGUUACUGGCACAAUUAGGCAAAAACUAA